GGCCCGGCGGUGGGCGGGCGGUCGCUCCGUGCCACGUUGUCGCCGGCGGCUCCGCGCGGCCCGACCAGAAGGGGGAGAGGUUCGGCAAAGUCCGGAACCGCUCGGCAAUGCCCGGAGCCGGCUGGUAAGGCGACGAGCUGCCGGCUCGCCCGGCCCCGCCGCCGCCCGGCGCGAGGUGAGCGCGGCCACCGGACCGAGAGGGGAGAGCGCGAUGCUGGCCGACAGCCUGGUGGAGGAGUUCGAGAUCCGCGAGGAUGAGCCGUGGUACGACCAGCAGGACCUGCAGCAAGAUCUUCACCUUGCUGCUGAGCUUGGGAAGACGCUACUGGACCGCAACACUGAACUAGAAGAAUCUUUACAGCAAAUGUAUGCAACAAAUCAAGAGCAACUGCAGGAGAUAGAGUAUCUCACAAAGCAAGUGGAGCUCUUGCGUCAAAUGAAUGAUCAACAUGCAAAAGUUUAUGAACAGCUGGAUGUGACAGCAAGAGAACUAGAAGACACUAAUCAAAAACUAGUUGCAGAGAGCAGAGCGUCACAACAAAAGAUACUAAGCUUGACAGAGACUAUUGAAAAUCUGCAGACACACAUAGAUGACCUGCAGAGGCAAGUAGAAGAACUGAAAAAGUCUGGACGAGGCCGGAUGAACCAUGAGAGAUCUGACCAGCCAAGAUCAAUGCACAGCUUCUCUUGUUUGAAGGAGCUAUAUGACCUUCGCCAGUAUUUUGUUUAUGAUCACGUGUUUGCAGAAAAGAUUACUUCAAUGGAUAGUCAGCUAAGUCCUCUGGAAGAAGAAAAUGAGAACUUGAAGAAGGCAGUUACGGUUCUGCAAGCCCAGCUCAACCUAGAAAAAGAGAAGAGGGUAACGAUGGAGGAGGAAUAUAGUCUUGUGGUGAAAGAAAACUGCGACCUUGAACAGAGGCUUGUUGAUAUUGACUUGUAUCGGGCUCGUGCAGAGGAGUUAGAAGUGGAAGUAGCUGAAAUGCGACAGAUGCUUAAAUCUGAAAACACACUCCACAAUGCGGAGAAAUUGGUGCCAGAAUCCUUUUUCAUUUCAUUUAAGGAAUCUUUAGAAAGGGAGCUUGGUCAGAGCCCAGCUGAUGACGGGCUUCUGGCUGUCCCUGAACUUGACAAAAAGGCACUGAAGCGGAGCAGCAGUGAAAAUUUCCUGAGCAGUGCUGCAGGGGGAGACAUUCUAAGGGGCCACGAAGAAACGUGUAUCAGGAGAGCUGAAGCUGUGAAGCAGCGGGGAAUCUCUGUACUCAAUGAAGUCGAUGCUCAGUAUAAUGCUCUGAAAGUGAAAUAUGAGGAACUUUUGAAGAAGUGUCAAAUAGAUGAAGAUUCUUUGAAACACAAGGCUGUACAAACACUGAAGCAGUAUUCUAAAGACAGUGUGGGAAAUAACCAGUAUGAGUUUUCAGCUAAUAAUCAAGAAUUUAUGAAUGCAGGAGAAUCGCUCAGCUCCACAAAUACUCUUCCUGAAUAUAAAGCACUCUUCAAGGAAAUCUUUAGCUGUAUCAAAAAAACAAAGGAAGAAAUAGAUGAGCACAGAUCUAAGUACAAGUCCCUUUCUUCUCAGCCGUGAAUUUAGACAUUCUGAUGACCGAUUUGUUGUUGGCAACUCAUUUGUUGUCUAGAAGGGGGGAAAAUUUUUACACAAAUGUCAGAAGGCCCCGUGCACAGAUGUUUCUGUUUUCAAUUGGCUCAUAGACACGUAGUUAAAAAGCUAGUUAGACUAUCAGUGUCCCUGUACCUAUGUAGCAAUAGAUGUAAUGUUGUUUAGCACUGUCACACAAACUAGUGGUUGUAAAGGAAACAAAAACAUUGCAACUUAAUACUAUAAUGCUACUUAAUACUACACUUGAUUUCUGGCAGAAACUGACAAUAGUUUUCCUACUCCACUUCAAAUUAACAGAGCUAAGAAACCUGUACAGUACUUCUCACAAAGAACCAAGCAAAAGCUUUUCUUUAAUUUGCAUGUGAUCAUGUAGCCCUGUAACUGUAAAAACACAAAAUAACAAGAAGCCCCAGAUCAGUAUCACAGGUAGCCUCUCCUCGAGUCCUGAGAAUGAAGUUAGUGAAUCUGGCUGAAUUUGCUUUGGCAGGGAGCUGGAGAGCUAGAACAGCAGCUUGCAAUGUGCUUGGUGAAGUUACUGCCAUGUUUUCACAUGAACUAGGCUCUACAGAUAAGUAUAGAAGUCUUCGUACUGAGAAAGGAUUUGACAUGAAGUUUGUGUGCCUGUUUAGGUAUGGUUUCUUAUUUAGGGGACUUUGUUUUAAGGUGGUACUGUGAAUAGACCAUAUGUUAUUUGGGACUGUUCUGAUUUUUUUUGGUGGGAGGCAGCAAGGUACCUUCUAGUGUGUAUUUGGCAAGACAAAGUUGCAAUUUAGUCAUUUAAUAACUUUAGCAGUAGAAUGGAUACAGUGAGAUAGCUUUUAAGCUCACAUACCACAAACUCCAAGUACUUGAAGGAGACGGGUCAGGUAAAGCCUUAUCUUACAGGUUUGUCUAUUGCUUCCUCUAUCAGCUUCAGUGAACGUGUUCCAUGCUGCCUAUGGGGUGGUGGGUACUGGAUGCAACACUGCUGGAACACAUCCUAUUGAAAACGUGGGGCUGUGAUUUUGUUCAUACCUUCCUCCUCCACUCCUUAAUAGUAGCUCGUAGGCAUUCAAAUUCUGAAAAACAAAACUAGCCGAGGUACAUUCUUUAGAACUGCUUUGAAGUGUGAAGAAUGGAAAACAAAGGCUAAGCAAUUAAGGAGAAAAAAGGCACCAGGAAAGGUGACAUCCUUCUUACACAGGGUCUGGUAGCUUAAUUUGGUUAGCUCUUCUUGGGAACUUCCUUAUUGCCUGUCUGAGUUACUGCAAUAUACCAAACAGCUGGAAGAGUGUUGACAAUUUUUCAGCUUUAGUUCAACUGCUGCUAUUACAGUUGUCUGCCUUAUUUGCCCUGUUAAGCUUGUGUAUAGUUGUCCUUCAUUUGCAGUAUUAUGGCUCCAUAUUGUGGGAAUUUCUCAGAAAUGUGUAUUGCAUUCUGAAGAAUUAUUUAAAAAUGGGAAUCCAAAUGUUGUAAAUAUUUUUUCUAAGCAAAUAAAUAAGCCAGUCAAGCUCUAAGUGUCACUAGUAGUUAUGCCUAUCUGUGCUUAUCUUGAAACAGUAAACUCUGCGCAGAUGGCAGCUGCAUUAUCUGGUCUAUCCUACAUAGCUCAGAUGGAGUUCCCAUUAAAUUUUUAUUCUAAAAAAGUUACACUAAGUAGAGAAGGUAGGGCUGUCUGUGCUAGAAAGCCAGAGGUAAUGAAGUAGUUUCUCGUUUCUCUCUUGUGGUGUUUGUCAGUGUUGUUCCAAAAAGGGUGUUGGAGGGGUGGAAGGCAGGAGAGCUGCUGUUCAGCCACUAGGGUUAGUUCUGAUGUCGCUGCUUCCCUAGCACUUGGAUUGUCAUUGUCUAAAGGCUUUCUACUGCAAAGCAGUAACUUUAGAUAAGUGUUCUGGUUGUCACAAGCAAUCUAUUACAAUUGCAAUUCACUUUGGGGAGUGGGAGGUCCACACCUAUGGGAUCAGAAGUUGUAUAGCAACAACUUUAGAAUUUCUAAUUGAAUAUGUGAUCUUCAGUGGUUUAAUACUGUUGGUUAACAGGGUACUUGCUAUGUAUUUUUUACCCUUUAAAAUAUCCAGACUGUUCUCAGAUUUCCACAGAAAUAUGCUUCUUUUGUAGCAUAACCUGCCUUUGACCACCUGUGCCAUUGCUAAGCUCUGGCUGUACUGUAGUGUACUUUAACACUUAACUGUACAUAACCUGUAAUAAAAACCUCCAAGGCUCUGCUGUUUUAUAACCUCUCAGGCUAUGGCUUUCUCAGGGAUAAGCUUUAUGGACACAGCUGUAGGCAAUGCUACAGCAAUGAGGUCAUGCUAGGUAAGCAACAGCCAUGGGAACACCCAGCACAAAGGCUGCAAAAGCUGCCUGAACUUGAACGCUGCCUGAUUACAGUCGUUAAUAAACUUAGUGUAUGAGUUAAGAUAGCGUCUGAGCAGUUUAGAAAUAAGUACUUUCUACAGAAGUUCAAAAUGCUUUAAGUAUGAUACACUGCUCCUAGGCUAAUCUUAAUCUGCUUAUUUUAGUAAAAGACAGUCCUUUCUAUUAAUUUCAUCUACUUAUGCUUAGAAUCUACUUGAGCUUCUCAUGUGAUGGAAAUUACAGAAAACAAAGCCCAUGAACAGUAAAGUAACUGCUCUAAAGCCACCAGUGGGGUGUUCCUUACCUUACUGCUGUGAAGCUUAAAUGACAAACUUAGAACAGAAGCAGCUCAGUUAUCAUUUCUUGAGCAACAGGCUGCAUCCUGCCAACCAUCCUAAAAAACGUGAUGCAAGAAGAAAAGUACAGCAAGUCAACAGGCAGUUUGCCAUCUACCUCAAACACCUCCUGCAAAUAUUCUUUACCUUUCCUUCCUCUGUAAGCCUUUGGGCUCUAAAAGGAGCAAAGAUCAUUUCCAUUUCUUCCUGGGCAAACAGAAGGCAGAGUACAGCAGGAUGCCACAGCUGACCUUCAAGAUAAAAUUUUAUUUUUAAAAAAGUUACACAAAAUAGAGGUUUUACAUUGUUGCCAAGUGUGAUAUCUGCAGCUGGAUGCCUUGCACACGGUGCACUUACCUCUGCACAUAGUAAGGCAAAAACUCCAUCAACCAAAACCCACAUCAAUAAGACAUCCAGUAGUUGUUCCACAUCUAUUUCAAGUGUAAGUACUUUUUCAGACAGUUCAUUUUACAGACACCAGGUGAGAACAGUUGCUAUGUCAUACAAUGUUUAAAGACAGUGAUUUUAUAUCCCCCCCCCCUCUCUGAUGUGCCCACAAUCAUCACUACCCUUGUUGUACGGAAGGCAGCAAGGGCUGUUGUAAUGCUCAGACUAAUGCAUGAGCAUGUAGGUAUCGAGCAAAACCUGGGAUGUUUGUAAACAAAUUUAAUUUAUUGGCAUCACUUACUUACAAAAUAAAAUAUUAGACCAUGA